UGAGCCUUUCAGGCAUCUUUGAGCGGCUGUGCAGCACGUCAGGCAUUUUCCCAGCUGUGAUACUGCAUUCCAUCGGUGGCAAAUUGGCUUCAGUCUGGUGAUAACACACGGCAGCUUAUCCAACUGCAGUUGGAAGUGUGGUAUUCUAGGACUUGGCUUUGAAGAACCAUUUGCACUAAGGAAAUAAAUAUUCUUCCUUCUAAGGAAAGCCCUCAUAGGAGAACACAAUAGCACUGGCAGAUAGAAUUUUUGCUGUAUUAGCUAAAAAGCAAACCAAAAACUUAAAAAAAAAUUUUUGCUGUAGAGUAACUGCCUAUGUUUUACUGUUAGGGUCACAUUGACAAAAUAAUACCCUAGGAAACAUCUUUACAAUGCAUCCCUAAGUUGUGACCAAUUCCUGCUUAUGUUUUUUGUAACAUUUUCUCCCUGAAAUAUCUGAUGAGUAUUUUCUGGUUUAGGCUAGCUAGAUUUUCAUUGUUUCUUUUUUGUGAUCUUUUGUUGCUGGCUUUCCUAACAGUUUUCUGCUUUUUCAAGUGGUUGGGGGUUUGGGGUCAGUGGGCCUCUGUGGUUUAUCAAGUCAUGUUACAGUGGGGUACUUGUCAGGCAUUAAUAUUUUCUGGUUAGCAUUUCUGUAUAACAGCAUUGCAAAAGAUAGAUUCUUUGGGAAAUUUCAACAGGAGAAUUCUUCCACCACCCUGUCGGUCACUUCUCAUAUUGAGCUAUUCUAUUUUUGUUCUUUCCUGACGCUACCUCUGUGCUGGUUAGAAUGCUGUAAGGGAGCAUGUCAACUGGCUGUUUAAUAGCAGUGUUUUAGGUGUGACUCUUGUUUUGUUGUGCACUCAAAGUUGACAUUUAAAUGGUACUGUCCAAUUAUAGAAAAUUCCUCGGGCUCUGUGUCGUGUACUCUGCAAUCUGGGAGCAGAAUAAAUCUCCUCAACCUAAACAGCUUCUGAAUAAGUUGGCUGUGUACCUGAGAACACUUUGAGUCCAAGCACAAGGACUUCCCUGGAGAAAGAUAAAGCACCUGUAUGUCUGCAGCUCACAUUCCAGGAAAAUCUGGAGAUCUUUCCUAAGAGUUUAAGUACAAGGGCUGUUCCCUUCCAGAUGUGUUCUUCUGACUCUGCCAUUCAGCAUCAGGCUGAUGUUCAGCAAAGCCAGUCAGCUGUAGCACUGAGAUCACCUCCUCAAUGUCUUGAUUAAGGUGUGAUUUGUUCAGGACAACGAAAGCUUCCUCAGAAGAACCUAACUCUUGAAGGAAGAUGUGUUGAAGAAUGCCUUUCAUUUAUUUCUCUGCGUGCUUGGUCAAAGAGUGGGAAUUAUUGCCAUUUUUCUGGGUGUGGAAGCUUUUUCUGCAGUGUUUGAGUCCAUGGACAAAUCCUUUUAAGCUGAUGAGAAUAAAGCUCUACGUGGAGCCUUCUGCCUGGUUUCUUGAUCUGCACUGACUCAGCAGUAACUCAGCUCUUCAAAGGAAAUGACCUAGAGGCCUUACAAAUACAUUUGUGCAUUUUUGUUCUGAGUCUGCAAUUGAGGGCAAACGCAGUCUGGAAGCACCACUUGUUAAAGUUACAACGGAAACAACUACCUCAACAAACACGGAAAGGGGAGGAAGGCUUGCAAUAACAAACACUCUAGUUUUUAAUAGCUUAUACUUGCAAAGUCUUCUGUAAACAGUCCAGAUUUCUUUUUCCCCCUCCAAUAUUAAGAAGAGACACUACAAGUAAACUGAGUUGGCAGACUGGAUCUGUCAAGACAUUUGAAGAUAUUUGAUCUGCUGACAUAAGGAUUUGCUUUUUCAAGGAAAGAGCCUCUGCACUGCUUUUAUAAUCGCUGUUGAUCGGUGGUUUGCUCCACUUUUCCUGAUACUACUAAUGGGAGAAUGGUAUUAAGGUAUUGCUUCUAAAACUAUUACUUGCAUUGACAAAAUUAACUUUUGUAGAUGCAACAGCAAGGGACAAUGUUGCUCUCCUGAAGAACUCCUAGGCGAUCACUUCUCUGCUCCAAUUGGCUUUUCUGCCUGCGGAGGGGAUACCACACAAGGGACAGAGCAGUGCUGAGACACUUGGGCUUGCUUUUUGAGUACAGUUUAUAACUGCAGCGGGGCUGCACCCAACGUUGAAAACACGGAGUCAGCAGAUGUGCUGCCGUUCCCACUGCUGAUACAGAUUAUACAGACGCUUGCCUUUCUGAAAUGCCUUUUGUGAAACCUAUGUACACAGUCCUGCGCUGUUACUGUACAUAGAUACCCGAGGAAGGAAUUUGACAAGUGAUUGUUAAUUGGAGAACUCUCUGGACAAGCACUCACUUAUGUAUUGCUGCAGUGCACAAGAAAGCAAAAUGGACUACAAGCGGCGCUUCUUGCUUGGCGGGUCCAAGCAGAAGGUGCAGCAACACCAGCAGUACCAAAUGCCCGAGCUGGGCAGGACCCUGAGCGCCCCGCUGGCGUCCCCCAGCACCCCCCUGGUGUCCCCAGCUGCUGCUGGCGGCUGCUCCCACCCCGCCUCCCACACCACUCCCAUCGCUGACAUCCAGCAGGGAAUCUCCAAGUACCUGGAUGCGCUCAACGUCUUCUGCCGAACGAGCACUUUCCUCACGGACCUUUUCAGCGGCGUGUUCAGGAACUCGCACUACUCCAAGGCAGCUAUGCAACUGAAAGACGUGCAGGAACAUGUCAUGGAAGCGGCCAGUCGACUCACAGCAGCAAUAAAACCAGAAAUAGCAAAAAUGCUGAUGGAACUGAGUGCAGGAGCUGCGAACUUCAAAGAUCAAAAAGAGUUCAGCCUACAAGACAUUGAGGUACUUGGGCGGUGUUUCUUGACAGUGAUGCAGGUCCACUUCCAGUUCCUGUCCCAGGCUCUGCAGAAAGUCCAGCCAGUGGCUCACUCCUGCUUUGCUGAAGCUGUAGCUCAGGAGAGGAAGAACAUUAGUGGCACUGGAGCCUCAAAUAUCAGCCCCACAAAUGAGCUGGAAGAUGCAAUAAGAUCCUGGAGAGGAGCAGCAGAGGCCACAUCUCGAUUGCGAGAAAGAGGCUGUGAUGGAUGCUUGGCAGGAAUUGAAGUUCAGCAGCUUUUCUGCUCACAGACUGUGGCCAUCCCUGAACAUCAGCUCAAAGAGCUAAACAUGAAAAUUGACAGUGCUUUGCAGGCUUACAAGGUGGCUCUGGAGAGCUUGGGUCACUGUGAAUAUGCAAUGAAGGCUGGCUUCCACUUGAACCCAAAAGCAAUUGAAGCAAGUCUGCAGGGCUGUUGCAGUGAAGCUGAAGCUCAGCAAACAGGAAGGAGACAAACUCCACCUCAGCCCAUUCAGUGUGAGCUGCCCACUGUCCCUGUCCAGAUUGGAUCCCAUUUUCUGAAAGGAAUCUCCUUCAAUGAGUCUGCAGCAGAAAACCUGAAGCUGAAAACGCACACAAUGCUGCAGUUGAUCAAGGAAGCUGGAUGCCACAAUGGACUCACCCCCCGGGACGACUCCCCCGUGACUGAAGUGCUGAACCAGGUCUGCCCUUCCACGUGGAGAGGAGCCUGCAAAACUGCUGUGCAGCUCUUGUUUGGCCAGGCUGGACUGGUGGUUGUGGACACGGCACAGAUUGAAAAUAAAGAAGCCUAUGCUCCUCAGAUAAGUUUAGAAGGAUCAAGAAUUGUGGUGCAAGUUCCGUCAACGUGGUGUCUGAAAGAAGAUCCAGCAACAAUGUCUUUGCUACAGAGGAGUCUGGAUCCGGAGAAGACUUUGGGGCUGGUGGAUGUGCUCUACACUGCUGUGUUUGAUAUACACAGGUGGAAGGAAGGAAGGGAGCAAGCUUUGCCUUGUAUUCAGAUCCAGUUACAGCGUGAAAUCUCAGAAUUUGGGAGCCAGGUUGACAUGCCACCGGGGAAUGGAAGCAAAUCUUCAGGGGGUCUGCAAAAGACAUUCUCCAAACUGACUUCACGGUUUACAAAAAAAACUUCCUGCACUAGUACAAGUAACACAGGAAGUUACUCAAUCCCCAAUACACCUUCCAAAAACGUCUUCAUAAGUUCCAGCUCAGAGGAGAAAGCUAAGAUGCCCACGACCAUGGAUGCACGGCUGCAGAACAUCCUGAACCUGGGGAGCUUCCCUCGGAGCGCAGAUGCCCUGCAGGCAGCGCAGAGCACAACCAACCCGCUCGUCAACGGCUUCCUCGUGGAGAGACGGGACAGCUUCUUCAAACCAGAUGAUGGCAAGGAUGACAAAGGUAUGAAUUUACCAACUGACCAAGAAAUGCAGGAUGUUAUAGAUUUCUUGUCUGGUUUUAACAUGGGCAAAUCCCAGCAGACUUCUCCGAUGGUGAAAAGAAGGAACUCUGUUGCAUCCUCUACAGCAGCAGAACAGAAGUCGGGAGCAGUUCAACAGCAGCCACAGUCUGUGUCUCACACCCCGCUGCACCCUCCUCAGCAAGGCUUGUCCCAGCAGCAGUCCCAAAAGCAGCAAAUGCAGUAUUACCAACACCUGCUUCAACCUAUUGGACCACAGCAACGUGUACCUGCCAAAUGGCUCAGUAAUUCUUCACAGCAGCAAGCUCCGGCUGUUGGAGCUGGGUUGUCUCAUAUAAAUCAGUGGAACAAUCCUGGUUUUUCAGAUUUAAGCUCUGAUUUGUACAGCUUGGGUCUUGUGAGCAGCUAUAUGGACAAUAUGAUGGCAGAGAUGUUAGGACAGAAACCACAAGGACCUAGAAACAACACGUGGCCAAAUCGUGACCAAACUGAUGGAGUGUUUGGGAUGUUGGGAGAAAUCCUGCCUUUUGACCCUGCAGUUGGCUCUGACCCAGAGUUUGCUCGCUAUGUGGCUGGGGUGAACCAGGCUAUGCAACAGAAGAGGCAAGCACAGCACGUCCGGCGCCCGAGCACCGCGCGUGGCAACUGGCCCCUUCCUGAUGAUCCCCAUAAAACCUGGCCCUUCCCUGACUAUUUCACAGAGGGUGAUGUGACAAACAGCUGGUCUGGUACUCAAGGAGACUCUGCCAGCUCAAGCGAUGAGACCUCCUCAGCUAACGGAGACAGUUUGUUCUCCAUGUUCUCAGGGCCAGACCUUGUUGCUGCUGUAAAGCAGAGGAGAAAACACAGCAGUGGUGAACAGGAACCCAGCACGCUGCCAUCGCCUCCCCUUCUCUCUGCAGCAGAUGACCGCAGUCAGGAUAACAAGACCAAAACGUGGCCUCCCAAGGCCCCGUGGCAGCACACGUGCUCUGUGCCCAGCACGCUGCCCAGCCAGAGCACGUCCCUGUACCCCAUGAGCAGCCCCGUGAGCCAGUGGAGUGACACCAUGCAGAUGCUGCAGUCGCCCAUGUGGGCCAGCGACUGCGGCCCCGCCGGCCUCUCCUCCAGCUUCGCCUACGCCCAGCAGCAGCAGCAGCAGUCCCAGCAGGCUUCCCAGCACAAACAGAUCAACAAGGGCUUUAAAUCCUUCCCAGUAAAGCACGAGCGCAGACCAUCUUACCUGCACCAGUACUGACUGCUGCUCCUACUGGAAAAUGCAGCACAGGGCCAAAUGGAAAUCACAUUACUUUGAUUCACAGUGCUGUGUUGGCUAUAUCCUGUUUCUCUCUCGAUGUGGGAUUGAGGGGGUUUGGGUGAGAUAGACAAACUCUCGGAUUCUGAGUUACAGUGCUGAGCAAAUAUGGCCAAUAUGUUUGGUGGACACGAAACAGCCCAAAACUGUGAUGUAGAAAUGCUUUUAAAAAUGUGUAAUUGCCUUUACUUUCAAGACAUUUUUUUUUUCUAAAAAAGAACUGCUGAAGGACUACCAUACAAGAAACACUGUAUUUUAUAGCUAUUUUUCAUAUAGAUUUAUAGUUAAAACAUCUUACUGAAACACAUUGAAUAUGUUGAAGCAAAUAUAUAGUGGUCACUUUGCUCAACACUGUUUGUGUUUAAAUUUGUAAAGGACAAGCUGUAGAACCUUUGUAUUCUCCAUUACAGCCUGUGGGCAGCUUUUUUACAAUGAAGUGCAACAGCAGCUUUUCCUGUGCUACACAAGUGAGUUCAUUUGGGAACUGCUGCAGAAACAGUCACAAAACUGAGUUUUGUGGCAGUUUCCUUCCUGUAGGUGAAGAUCAGCAGAACCACUCAGCCUUGUGUCGUCAACGUGACCUGAGCUGCUUGACACAGAUGGCACCUCUGUGGACAGAGGGACUCUGGUUCCAGACACCUGUGUGGACAGAGGGACCCUGGUUGUCACACACCUGUGUGCACAGAGGGACCCUGGUUGUCACACACCUGUGUGCACAGAGGAACCCUUGUUGUCACACACCUGUGUGGGCAGAGGGACCCUGGUUCCAGACACCUGUGUGGGCAGAGGGACCCUGGUUGUCACACACCUGUGUGGACAGAGGAACCCUUGUUGUCACACACAUGUGUGCACAGAGGGACCCUGGUUCCAGACAUGUGUGGGCAGUGGGACCCAGGUUCUCACACACCUGUGUGGACAGAGGGACCCUGGUUCUUACACAAACCCUGUCCUAUGGCUGCAUUUGGCCAAAGGCACUCUCCACAAGGUGCUCCUGCAGUGUGUGAAAGCAAAGCCUAAGAGACUACUUGCAUUUAUUUAAAGUCUUAUUUCAGAUGCUACAGUUGAUUAAAAAUUGUGAGCUGGCUCAGAAGAUAGUAAAACUGAAAUGUGGGGUAGCAGUUAGUUAAAAGAACAUUAUUUUUUUUAAAAGGAUAAAGUAAUUAUUUGCAGUCAAUAUGUGCCAUUAAGUGAACCUGUGGAAUUAGGAAUAAUCUUCCAACCAAAGUGGAUGGGGGCGAGUGACUGGUGCUUACAAAUUCAAGAACAAUGGUAAAUAUGUAUACCUAUCCCACUGUAUAUGAAUUGAGAUUACAGAAGAUUCUUUAUAUAGUUAGAGCUUAUUUAAAUUUUCAUAUUUCAUCUUUGAAAGAGUCUAAAAACCACAAUAUUUUCUGGUAUAAGAGUUUUGACAGUAUUAAUCUUAUUUUUGUAUUUUUCUUAAGUCAUAUCAUUCUAAUAUGUUAACUACUAGUAAAAUGGGUUAUUAGUUCUAACUACAUAAUUUUUCAAUGAAGAUAAAGCACAUUUUUUGGUUUUGGUUUUACAAACUAAGUACAUCUAUAUCUGAAGAUACCAAAAAAUAAAUACAUUAUAUAUAUAUAUAUAUAAAUAAAAAGUAUACACAACACUAAAACUAUUAAACAUUUGGGUAUUUAAAACCCAUCCACCUUUUUUGUUUGUAUGGUGACGGGCUUUAUUUGCAGGCCCAGAUUGUUACCUUUUGUGCUGUUUGAGGAUGCCAAUGUUGCCUGUAUUUAUGAUAUUGUCACCAUGUUUUCUGAAACUUCAUACUUACCAUGUUUACAAAGAUUUGUUUGCUGUACAUAGACUUUUUACAGUAAUGUGCUUUGCACAAUCAGUGUGGCUUCUGUCUGUAAAUUGUUAAUGGUCUGUACUACUAUAAUUUUGAAAACCUUCCACUGAAAAUGUUAGUGGUUAUUUAACUUCAUGAAUGGUUUCAAGUUUCCUAAAUCUUGUUGUUUAGAUCUAAUAUUAAACCCCAAAUUUGGUUGUACUUACUUGGUUAUUCAUACUAAGACCAAAAUGGAAGCUAAUGAAAACAACUUAAUUUUGAACUUUUUUUCUAACAAGUGCCAAAAUGAUUGCUAUAGUUUUUGCAGUUUAUUCAUAAUUACAAAUGCUGGCAAGUUUCUGGACCUACAUAAGUGAAUUGUGAACACAAAGAAAGUUUGUCUGCAUUUUGACCAUGUGGGUGCUACUCUGUCCUUUGCUUCCGAUUGUUCUGAACACUGGUAAUUUUAAGAAUUGUUGCACUUGGCAAAUGAGUCUUGCCCUUAAACUUCACUUACACUGCCAAGUGCAAGGGUUUGGUGCUUAGUUAACUUACCCUUAUUGCAGUGCUUCUUGUGAAUAGCUAACGCUUCUGAACUGGAACUGUACAGUUUGUAUUUUAAAGCUUCUGUAAAAGUAAACUAUUUGCUUUAUUAAAGAUAUACAUUUAAUAGGU